AAGAAGGCGGGGUUAAUAUAUAAUGAGGGCAUGACCAAACGCUCUGCGUCAAAGCGUUCACACGCUGUUCGUGGUUCUUGACAGCAAAAUGGCGACGGUUGACUACGACGCGAAUGCGGAUCCGGAGAUGGACUCGCUUAGCGAUGAGGAACUGGAAAGGGAAGCCGAGGGCUACAAAGAGCAGGGAAAUGCAUAUUACGUUAAGAAGGACUACUCUGAAGCAUUCAACUACUACACCAAGGCUAUUGAUGUGUGCCCAAAGAACGCCAGUUACUAUGGCAACCGUGCAGCUACACUGAUGAUGCUGAGUCGCUACAGAGAGGCUCUGGAGGACUCCCAGCAAGCCGUGAGGCUAGACGACACCUUCACGAAGGGUCACUUACGGGAGGGCAAGUGCCACCUGUUGCUCGGCAAUGCCAUGGCUGCCAGCCGCUGCUUCCAGAAAGUUCUAGAGCUGGAGCCCGACAACAGCCAGGCUCAGCAAGAACUAAAGAAUGCCGAGUCCAUUUUGGAGUACGAGCGCAUGGCUGAGAUCGGCUUUGAAAAGCGAGACUUCAGAAUGGUGGUGUUCUGUAUGGAUCGAGCGCUGGAGUCGGCCUGUGCGUGUCACAGAUUUAAGGUGCUGAAGGCAGAAUGUCUGGCGCUGCUUGGACGCUACCCAGAAGCCCAGUCUGUUGCCAGUGAUAUCUUACGGAUAGACUCUACUAACGGUGACGCCCUAUAUGUGAGGGGUUUGUGUUUAUAUUAUGAAGACUGUAUCGACAAGGCUGUACAGUUCUUUAUUCAGGCACUGCGCAUGGCACCGGACCAUGAGAAAGCUCGUCUGGCUUGCAGAAAUGCCAAAGCUCUAAAGGCUAAGAAAGAAGUAGGGAACCAGGCGUUUAAAGACGGCAAUUAUGAGGAGGCUUAUGAGCUUUAUUCUGAGGCCCUGACCAUUGAUCCCAACAACAUCAAAACGAAUGCCAAGCUCUACUGUAACCGAGCCACCGUUGGCUCUAAGUUAAAGAAACUGGAGCAGGCCAUAGAAGACUGCACAAAAGCCAUUAAACUGGAUGAGUCCUAUAUUAAAGCAUACUUACGAAGAGCCCAAUGUUAUAUGGACACAGAACAGUAUGAAGAAGCUGUGAGGGACUAUGAGAAAGUCUAUCAGACAGAGAAAACUAAAGAACAUAAGACUUUAUUGAAGAACGCUCAGCUGGAGCUGAAGAAGAGUAAACGAAAAGAUUACUAUAAAGUUCUAGGAGUGGACAAAAAUGCUACAGAAGAUGAGAUCAAGAAGGCUUACCGCAAACGAGCCCUUAUGCACCAUCCAGAUCGGCACAGUGGUGCGAGUGCCGAGGUACAAAAGGAGGAGGAAAAGAAGUUUAAAGAAGUGGGUGAGGCCUUCACUGUGCUCUCAGACCCCAAAAAGAAAUCUCGUUAUGACAGCGGCCAUGAUCUGGAGGAUGACGACAUGAACAUGGAUUUCGAUGCCAACAACAUUUUCAAAGCGUUCUUCGGUGGCCCUGGUGGUUUCAGUUUCGAAGCAUCUGGACCUGGAAAUUUCUUUUUCCAGUUUGGCUAACUGUCCAUCAUCCCGCAUGUUUGCAGUCGACCCACACGGCCUCAAGAACCCACCCCAACACGGACUUACACCCGUCCCACCCUAAACAUACACAUAUAUACACACACACACACACACACACACACACUCCCCUAUACAACUGCAUGUUGUACUGCAGUGUGAAGGGUCUAGGACCAGAUAUGGUCAUUCUGUAAAUUUUAAAAAACAACACAGUGAAGAGUCCAGCAAUCCUCUCUGACCAUACUUUCGAUUGCAAUUUUUAUUUCCUUACGGCGGCAUCAUGAGCAGCUGCACACAUGUUUCGGUAUUGUUUUUCUUUGAAUUAAAAAACAAAAAUGGUCCUAGUUAAUUAACCACUAUAGAAUAAUGGCUUUUCCCCCUCGGUUUGUUUGGUUGUGGAACCAAGAUUGGGUUCUCAGAAUGUAGACGGUGCUACAGCAUAAUGAAUUUGCAGCAUUCAUUGCAUCAAUGCAGGAUCCGUACAUUUUCUUCUGUUCUUGCACCACAUUUUGUUGAAGUGCCAGUUUUUGCCACAGUUUCUGCUUCGGGCCUUGUGAUGCCGGUAGGAAGGAAUGUAGAACAAGUACCUCGUCUCCAGAUGUUCAAAAAUGCUCCCAUAGUAAACUUGAUUUCACUUGUUUUUAUCUUCUGAAUAGCUGACACUAUUAUAAAUUCUGUUGUUAAAAAUGAGUUUUAUUAAGCAUUCUCGAAGUAGUUGAGCUCAAGUCCCAACCUGUUCAACUGCUGCAUACCCACCUGUGGAGAGUACAAGUCUGGUGUUCCAGUCCCCUCUAGUGGUUCCCUCCAAACAUACAAAGCUCUACAUUUCAAUAUCACCAUUCAAUCAUUGCUGCAUUGUACAUUUUACUGGAAUGUAAAGUGUUUCUCUUCGUGUUGAUAGUUGAUGACUGUUUAAAUUUUUUUUUUUUAACUAUAAAAUGUAUUCAUUUUUUGAUAUGGAUAUUUAUUGUAAAUUCCUCAAGCCAGACGUGAGCCGUUAAGAUGAUGUGUGAUAUGUUCAUUAGCUACACGAGGAUCUUAGACAGUGAUCUGUGAGGCACAAGCUAGAGCCAUGCACUGUGGUUUUGCUGAGCCUGAUGAAAACUUACAGCUUCUUAACUAUCUGUGUAGGGGUUGCUGAAGGACCUGAGUGCAAAUCCCUACAGUGCCACUAAAGGAUGUUCUAGAAUGGGGUUCCUUGCUCUCGUCGUGGAGACCAAAGUCCAGCACAGUGUUCCCUGCUCAUUACCCAUGAUUCAGUGUAUUCCCAGUUUUAGUAGAUGUGUAAGAACAGGGAGAGGGGAAUUUCCUAACUGUGCUAGGAUUUGGAUUUGGAGAACCCGGUUCUAAGACUAUGUCCAUAACCUCAUAUUAAGCGUUGUUUUGGAUGUAGUCUGUAUCCUUUUUGGAAACUGGAAUUCUGGAUGUUUUAAUGUGUCUACCCUGCAUGCAUACAUUCAUUCAUUUUUUUGGCAGUUCACUUUAAGCUAAGUAACUAUACAAGGGAAGUUCCCAGAUGUAACCUUUGUAUAUUUACAAGAAUUUAAGUAUGGGUCUUGAACAAAAUACCUACAGCUUAAAUUACACUUGUUAAAAUGAUCCAUGUUGCCUGUCCUAAGAUCCUCAUAGUGCAGUCAGAACAGAAACAUUCACAUUGCUCUGGCUCAUGCUAAAAGAACUAUGACUUGACUAUGGACCGUUUUUGAAAAUAACCAUGUAAAUAAACUUAGCCUGUUUUCUGUUUCUCCCCAU